AUGAGCAACAAACCCACAUAUGCUCAAGAUGAGACUCCGAGGCUUCUGGACGGUAAUAACUUGAAAGCUAUAGCGAAAUACAUGAAGUCGGAUAGCUGUCGGAAUGUCUUCGUCAUGCGUUUUCCCUUUGCUGUCUUGAUAUUCACUCUUUCAGGCAUCAGCACUUCUGCUGGUAUACCUGACUUCAGGACCCCCGGGACAGGUAAGCUUUCGAAUCUUGCAAAGCUGAAACUUCCUUAUGCCGAGGCUGUAUUUGAGCUCAAAUUCUUCCGCAAAAAUCCUUACCCAUUUUAUGUCGUCGCUAAGGAACUCUGGCCUGGGCGUUAUCGACCCACUCUAGCUCACGCAUUUAUCAAAGUGUUGCACACCAAGAAUCUUCUUCACACGAGCUUCACACAGAAUGUCGAUAUGCUGGAACGUCGUGCGGGCGUUCCGCCCGAAAAGAUAAUAGAAGCACACGGCUCUUAUGCUACCCAAACUUGUAUUGAUUGCAAGAAACCAUACGACUCAGCAAAGAUGAAAGAAGCCAUAAAGAAAUUGACCCCACCUCAAUGCGAAAAGUGUAAAGGCUACGUGAAGUCUGAUAUUGUAUUUUUCGGUGAAGCCGUACGUCGUUUAGUUGUGAUGACUAGUCACUACCUGAUAUGUCGAAAAUACAGAUGCCGUCCGCAUUUCAUAACUCGAUCCAUCGCCUUCGUAACGCAGAUCUCCUUAUAG